AUGCUACAAAAAUUAUCUCUCUCUGGCUUAAAAGUUGUGAAAAAAUUGUGCAUUGUGCCUAAAGUAGAAUGUGGUAUAAGAUUUUUGAGUUCUGCUGUUAUAAAACGACAAAACUUCUUCUUUCGCCAGUUGUUUGAUACAGUAAGCAGUACUUAUACAUAUAUAUUAGGUGAUAUGAGGACAAGUGAGGCUGUGCUCAUUGACCCAGUAUUAGAGCAUGCUGAAAGAGAUGCUACGUUAGUGAAGGAGCUAGGCUUUAAAUUGAUUUAUGCCAUGAACACACACAUGCAUGCAGAUCAUAUAACAGGGACAGGCAAAUUAAAAACACUCCUCCCUGGUACAAAGAGUGUUAUAGGAAAAGCAUCAGGUGCUCAAGCUGAUAUCCAUCUUCAUGAUGGAGAUCUUGUUAAAUUUGGGGACUAUCAACUGACAGCAGUUUCCACACCUGGGCAUACAAAUGGAUGUUUGACUUAUAUUUGUCAUCAACAAUGCAUGGCGUUCACCGGUGAUACACUCCUCAUACGUGGCUGUGGCAGAACAGACUUCCAAGAGGGCUCUUCCGAACGGCUCUACCAAUCUGUCCACAGCAAAAUCUUUACUCUACCAGAUCACUAUACUCUGUACCCUGCACACGAUUACAAGGGUCAGACGGCGACCACCGUGGGCGAGGAGAAGAAAUACAAUCCAAGACUGACGAAAACUUUGAAGGAGUUCGUUCAUAUAAUGGACACAUUAAAUUUGCCUUAUCCUAAGAUGAUUGACAAGGCGUUGCCAGCCAAUCGAGUAUGCGGUUUAUAUUGA